GUUGAUAACAAAUUUGUUCUCAGUUGGUGGCGGCAGACGAGGCGGUGGCCAAUAAGAAGUUUGCCGAUGCACAGGCCAUAAAAGACGACUGUGAAAAGGAGCUCGCCAAGGCAGUACCAGCUCUCAAUGCUGCCACAGACGCCCUCAACACCCUCAAACAAGAUGACAUACGCGUCGUCAAGGCCAUGAAGAACCCGCCCUCAGGAGUCAAGCUGGUAAUGGAAGCUGUGUGUGUAAUGCUGGACCUCAAGCCAGAGAGGAAGCCAGACCCUAAUGGCUCAGGAAAAAUGAUUGAGGACUAUUGGGCACCAUCUCAGAAGCUGUUGGGGGAUAUGAAGUUCCUCCAGAACCUGCUGCACUAUGACAAAGAAAACAUUCCCACAAAGAUUAUCACUCACGUCCGCAACGAGUUCUACUCUCACCCGGAUUUUGACCCAAAGAAGAUACGUAUGGUAUCAAUGGCUUGUGAGGGCCUCUGCCGAUGGGUGAGGGCCAUGGUUGUCUAUGAUCAAGUCAUAAAGAUUGUCGCCCCCAAGAAACAAGCUUUGGAGGCUGCCAACCAUGAACUGGCCCCCCAGAAUGAAAGGCUAGAGGAAAAGAGGAAGGAACUCAGAGAGCGGUGGGCGGACGAGAAAAUCCCCGACGUAUUCUGGUUUUCUGGGCUGUUCUUCCCCUACUCCUUCCUCACGGGCAUACGUCAGAACUAUGCCAGGAAACAUGCCAUACCCAUCGACAGGAUUGACUUCCUGUUUAAGGUAAUGGAAAAGGAGGUGGAAGAUAUCAUCCAGGAAUGUAUCAGACCCAACUUCGUGGAGUUGCCAGUGGUGAUCGAGCGGCUGCCCACGCCAAAUGUGCAGGGGCAGUACUACCCCCUCGACACUGACCUCGAAGACAACGAAUCGCUUCCUUACGAUAACGACUCCCCCCAGCUCAAGAAGGAGGGUGACCAGACGGUGAAAGUCCAUACUGAACAGCAGGAAAAGGAAGACAACGAGAAUGACUCGCAGAGCCAAAGUCAUGAAUCUGAUGACGUCAUCUACCAGGUCAUCCCUCGCCAAGCACAGGGAGGCACCUAGACAUGGUAUGACAGACAAAGCAGUAUGGCAGAAGAGUUUUCUACACCCAACAUGCAGCCCCUUAAUACCAAUGUGCUCUUGUGCAGGGCUUCUUCCUGGAAGGUGCACGCUGGGAUCGUGAACAACAUUGCUUGGCGGAGAUGUCAGCCAAGCAGCUACAUGACCAGUUACCUAUCAUCCUUUUCCAACCUGCUGCCCUCCCAGACAUGUCACACCAUGAGGGUAUGUGCCCCCAACACACCUUCUCUUUACUCAUUCCUUUACCUUGCCCUACAUGUUCAAUUUAAUUUUCUUUAUCACUGAGUCAGACCAGGUAUUCUCAUCAAGGUGAUUUAACCAUAUCAUUGGUUAAGAUUUUAUGGGUACCUGAAAAUUGCUCCAUGUCAAAAGUAAUGAUAUGUCAGAAUACUAUUUACAAAAUGAAAUUUGGUUUAUGUACUUUAUAAUAAAACCUAGAUUUCAAACUAUUUGAAACUAUUGAAUGGAUAUAACCUAGAAUACAGUAGACAAUUUUUUUCUGCAAAUUGUUAAAUGACUGGAUUAUUUUUAUACACCAGUUAUUCCUGUUCUCAGUGGAUUUAAAUGUAAAUUAAGUGGUAUACGUAUAUGUUUUAGUUUAUAUCGGCAAAUAUAUCUUGGUGACAACUUUA